AUUGUUUUUGCCGGAGCACAUGACCUAACGCUUGCACUUUCAUUUCUCAUACAGCAUAAUCUGUCGCUUUCUUUCUGGCUCCAACAAUUGCUGAGCGAUCUUUCCGCGUCCUCCUGCAAAUCGUUUCGCUUUCUCAUUUCGGCUACUAGGUUUCCCGCGUCACAUAAUCUAUCGUGUUUUCUCUUCUCAAUUCCAUUUGGCCGUCGAAUUUGAGGAUUCAGCUAGUUCCGGCCAAUCUAUAUAAACUGGAAGGCUCGGCUCUUCCUUCUUUCAUUACUUCUGCAACACGAGGAAUAUCCUAUAGCUUAUAACUUCAUCAAGGUUGAUUCUAACUGCCAGAUGAGUCGGGCUCUUGAUUGUACUAACAGAGGCAUGAUAAAACGGAAGAAAAAUCAGCAUAUUAAUGUCACUUUCUAGCGGCGACGAUUACUUCAGACUCUACUGAUGUUUCUGUAACUGAUCUAGUAAAUUUCUCCAUUAUGCAUCCUGCUAUUCAGAUCUUGAUGGAGGAACUGAAGGCAUGAUUGUAGGGGAACACCUUGUAGGUACGAAACUGGCAAUGAAUAAUGCCAGUGGAGAGCAGGAAAGGGAACUUGCCCAUGAACCAUACAUUGGGUUAGAGUUUGAAUCAGCAGACGAUGCACUUAAGUUUUACACUUUAUAUGCAAAGCAUGCUGGAUUUAAAGUUCGGAUUGGUCAGUUGUAUCGAUCAAGAACUGAUGGGUCAGUUUCUUCCAGAAGAUUUGUGUGCUCAAAGGAGGGAUGUCAGCUCAGUUCAAGAACGGGUUGUCCAGCAUAUAUAAGGGUACAAAAGCGUGAUUCAGGGAAGUGGGUUGUUGAUCAUUUCAUUAAGGGCCACAAUCAUGAACUUGAACCCGAAGGUGAGGGUGAAAGUUGCCUUCCUAAUUUGCAGCAGAAAGAUGCUACAGGUGUAAAAUCUGUAACUGAGGUGUCUCAUAGACCAAGAAAAAAAAUGCUUCAAGUCAAGGAUGAGCAUUGUUCCUUUGGCAUAAUUAAUUUUAAGCGGAUGAGAAAAGGAGAUGAAGGAACAUCCAGAGCUGAGCCAUAUGUAGGUCAAGAAUUCAGUUCAUCUAAUGAUGCUUACCAAUCUUAUCAGACAUAUGCAGCAUCCGUGGGUUUCAGAGUUCGUAUUGGUCAAUUGUUUCGUUCUAAAAAUGAUGGAUUAAUUACAUCCCGACGAUUUGUGUGCUCAAAAGAGGGAUUCCAACACCCUUCAAGAGUUGGUUGUGGUGCUUAUUUGAGAGUUAAGAGACAACCAUCUGGGAAGUGGGUUGUGGAUCGUCUUCAUAAAGAGCAUAAUCAUAAUCUUGAUCCUGAACAGGAGGGUAAGCCAAAAAGUCUGCCUGCUUUAAAUAUUUUGACUGAUGAGGUUGAUGCAGGAUUGGUAAAUGGUGACUUAUUUAGGAUAGAUAACUACCCUGUUCCUAGGGCAGGCAGACAAAACCAUAUUAAAAGUGAUUGGUACAACAUGCUUUUUGAGUAUUUUCAAUCAAGACAAGCUGAAGAUACAGGAUUUUUUUAUGCCAUGGAAGUUGAUAAUGGCAAUUGUAUGAGCAUAUUUUGGGCUGACGGCAGAUCAAGGUAUUCAGGCAGUCAGUUUGGUGAUCUCCUUGUUUUGGAUACAUCAUAUCGGAAAAGUGUUUAUUUGGUGCCGUUUGCUACUUUUGUUGGCAUUAACCAUCACAAGCAACCUGUGCUUCUUGGAUGCGCUCUAAUUGCUGAUGAAUCUGAAGAUUCUUUCACUUGGUUGUUUCAAACAUGGAUGAGGGCAAUGUCUGGCCGGCAGCCACUGUCAGUAAUAGCGGAUCAAGACAUUACAAUCCAGAAGGCAUUGACAAAAGUCUUUCCAGGAACCCGUCAUCGUUUCUCAUUGUGGCAAAUUAAAGUAAAAGAACAAGAGAAUGUGGGUUUGAUGGGUAAUAAGUUUACAUAUGAUUAUGAGAGGUGCAUUUACCAAAGUCAGACAGUUGAAGAAUUUGACACGACAUGGAAUGCCCUAAUUAACAAAUAUGGAUUAGAGAGCAAUGCUUGGCUGAAGGAAAUGUAUGAGAAGCGUGCAUCUUGGGUUCCAUUAUAUUUGAAGGGGACCUUUUUUGCAGGCAUUCAUAUGAAUGAAAGUGUUGAUUCGUUCUUUGGUACACUUUUAAAUGGCCAAACCCCUCUGAUGGAGUUCAUUUCACGGUAUGAAAGAGGUCUGGAGCGACGCCGUGAGGAAGAAAGAAAAGAGGAUUUUAAUACCUCCAAUUUUCAACCAUUUUUGCAAACGAAAGAAUCAGUAGAAGAUCAAUGUAGAAGGGUUUAUACUCUUACCAUAUUCAAAAUAUUUCAAAAAGAGCUUCUGCAAUCCUACAGUUAUCUAGGGUUUAAAAUUUAUGAAGAGGGGGUCCUCAGCAGAUAUUUGGUGCGUAAGUGUGGGAAUGAUCCUGAGAAGCAUGUAGUUACCUUUAGUGCAUCCAGUAUCAGUGUAAGCUGUAGCUGUCAGAUGUUUGAACAUGAAGGCAUUCUUUGCAGACAUGUUCUAAGGGUUUUCCAAAUUUUGGAAUUAAGAGAAGUUCCGUCUCGUUAUAUCUUACACCGUUGGACUAGAAAUGCCGAGAAUGGUGUUUUUCCUGAUGCAGAAUCGUGGAGCAGCCCUCAGGAACUCAGGAAUUUGAUGCUAUGGAGCCUAAGAGAAACUGCGUGUAAAUAUAUAGAUGCUGGUGCAACGUCUCUUGACAAGUACAAACUUGCCUAUGAGAUUUUGCAAGAGGGGGGGAGGAAGCUAUGUUGGCAUCGAUCGAGUUGGUGAUGCCUGUUCUUUGAGUUGGCCUUUUUUCUUCCUUCAAGGAUAAGAACAUUGAGAUUGAGUAGGUCCUUCUUUGGCACAAAGAAGAAAAAAAUUGCAGGUUUGAUGGUCCUUUAAAAACUGAGGUGUCAUUUGAAAAUUGAAAAUCCGAGUUCCUAUAAACAAAGGAGCGCCUAGCCCUGGCCAGAUAACUUGUAGAGAUCAAAAUCAUUAGCUUCUAAUUCUAUCUUCCUUUAUGAUAAAGGUAGUUAGCGGUUUCGCCGCUUGCUUUUUUUCA